AUGCUUACUUGGACAUGUACUGGUUCGGGAAAAUCUGGUUUGUACACUAAUUAUUAUCGUCAUCGUGACAACUGUAAUUGUUGUACACCAGAACUUGAAGAAGAAAAACAAAAAACAAAUGGAAGAGAAGCAAAUCAACGUCCAUGGUCAGAAUGGAAACGCACUGAUACAUCUUGCAUACAACAUACUGGGCAUGACGUCGAACAAGUACAAGAAUUAUAUUCUCUCUUACCACCACAUACAUUAUGGUAUUUAAAACAUUAUCAUUCUGAACCUUACAUUGCUUCAAAAUUGAAUAUUAGUCAACCAGCGGUGAAUUAUUUCUUAUCCGCAGUAGUGGAUAUUUUACAUUCGUGUGUAUAUCCAGCAUUUGUUUCUUUACCUGCUGAUCUAGCAAACAGAAGAACACCACAUGGACCUCAACAAGAUCAUAAAUUAAUUGUUGACUCGACUUUUAUUGCAAUUCAUGAACCGCAUGAUUCAGAACAACGUAAAGAAUAUUAUCAUGCAAAAAGUCCAACAAAUUAUGCAAUAAAAGUGCAAGUAGCUCGUGAUUUUCGUCAUCGAAUAGUACAUGUUUCUGAAUGUUACCAUGGAAGUGUACAUGAUAUUACAGUUCUUCGGGAAUCAGGGCUGUUAGAACAUGUUGAAGAAUCUGUACAAAUUAUUGGUGACAAGGCAUAUCUCGGUGAAGAAUAUGUAGUCACUCCAAGAAAGAAACCCCGUGGACGUGAAUUAACACAAGAAGAUAAAGAUUUCAAUUGUGAUAUUAAUAGCGCGAGAGCAGCGAUUGAAAAUAUUAAUCAACGUCUCAAAACUUAUGCUAUUCUUGGUGGUGUUUACAGAGGACGUGUUGAUGAUUUUCAUAAAAAAACUAAAAUCAUACAAGUAGUUGCUGCUUUAUGCAAUUUGAGCUUAAAUAAACAUCCUAUUCGUAGAUAA